AUGCCGGCCACCCAGCCGACCCAAACCGACCAGUCCGAUAAAGAAGGAUGGACCAAAGUGGCUUCGAAAUCUCGAUUUCGUCGCGCUCCGCGUGCAGUUCCCACUCAAAAAGACCUGGUCGCAGCCAAGGCCCUGUACGGCCGUUGUCGCGACCAGCAGCCCCGCGAGCCACGCCCCGUGUACGACAUCAAAAACGAAUUCGACUCUUUCAGCACCAGAUGGCGGGAAUCCGAGUCUCACCAGCCCCAGUCCCUGCAAUCAUUGAUCUUGGAACACCAUAAACACCACGCGCCUGUUCGGAAGGCCGUCUGCUUGGGCAUUGGGACCUUUGAUCCGGACGAUGGGAGUUGGGAGGUGAAACGCAGGGCACACGUUCAGCUGGCUGCCUUCAUGGCCAUGGUCGAGCUUUUGGCCGACAUCUCGGGCGAGACUAUCAGCUGCAUCUUCCAAGAGCCUCUCUUCUCAUCCACCGACAAAGACUUCCUGCUGUCUCUAGGCCACGAGGUCGUCGACUCUCCCGCGGCAUUUGACGCAGUCGACGAAGAGACCCUCCUUUUCGCUAUUCAUAUGUACCGUCCCAUUUACGAGGCGGCACUCGAGAGAGCCCUGCCUGUCAUGUUCGUCGGCACGGGCUGGGAAACCUGGGACCACGUGGGCAAUCUGAAGGAGGGCGAUUUCAAGUGUAUGCAGGAGAUGCACGCGUCGCAUCGACUGUUUCCGUUCCCCCGGGAUGGGACAAGCACGACUUUCUCCUCGACAUGUCUUUAUUGGCGACCUAUUUCCACGCGACAGGAGACGACAAACCCCCACGUGCAUCGCUUGGACGAGUCAGCUCCUGCUGCGGAUGCCAGUGCAGGCGGUUGA